UGGAGGAGCUAGGUGUGUGGACGCCAUCAAAAACAAGACGGUGUCAUCAAAUGUGAAAACUGAAAGGUUUCUGUUACUGUAACCUGUCGAAGCGUGCAGGUAUUAUCGGUACAUGCGCGGCUGGAUGCGCUUCAGACACACAUCUUUUAAACCCUUUUACAUUCAAAGUCAUCCCGAACGCUAGCUGUUUGUGUUUAUUUUAAUAACGUACAGUAAAUGAGUUGGACGAACCGUCACCUUCUAGUUUUGGGGGAUCAGAUCAUUUCACUGUUGUUGUGUGCUGCAGGCAGCGGUGUACUGGUGCACUACCUGUGGACAGAGACCACCCAGAGGUCGCCUUGACCAGCUCCUUAUGUCUGAAGACUCGAGCAGCGAUGAGGAAUGGUGUACAUCUACAAAAAGCCAGGCAGUUGCAUACACCGAGGCAAAAUGUUGGGAAUGUGGCAAAAAGUUCAGCAGCAUAACAAACCUGAUGUCGCACUACAAAAGCCACGAUAUCAACGCCACCUGCCACAUCUGCAAGGUUAUUUUCCGACGCCUGACGUCACUCUCUACACACCUGGAUAAUGCACACUCUCCGCCCCUCUGCAAAAAGUGCCAGCAGUCUUUUAGUAAUGUGUGGGAACUGAACAAGCAUGCUGAGAUACAUUGCAUUGGCUCAGCGCCAUUUAAAGAAGCUCCCUCUUUGAUUUCUGCAGUCGUCUAUCAGAGUCAGAACACUGACAUCUUUUCUAAUGAGGUGACUGUACAGCAAAACACAAACUCAGUACCACGCAACUCAGAGUCAGAGUUGAGGCUCCAACAAAGAAUUGAGAUGAAGCCUGAGAGACCAGAGACACCUGAAAACAGUGUAGAGUAUAUAGUGGGUCAAGAUGAUAAUGAUAUUGACAUGGAAAGUGACUGUGAGAGGGUAGAAGAUUCAACAAACUCUGAAUCUGAGGACGAAAAUGAGGCACUCUCUAAACCCACCAACUUGUGUGCAGAUGAUCCAGAAUCAGAUGGCGGCUCGAACUCAAGUUCAACUGAUUAUUCCAGUGACUCUCCCAGUAAUCUGCACUCUAAAAACGCCCCUACAACCCUUCCCAGUGUUAAUAGUUCAAUAUGUACUGCAUGUGGUAGAGGGCCCUUUAGGUCAAUGAAGCUGCAUUUGCUGCACUGUAGUGGUAUAAGGGUAAAAUAUCAGUGUCCACUGUGCAAGAAGCUCUUUCUAACUGAGACUGCUCUUAAUGAACACUAUCUGCCUUUGUAUUCCUGUGACAUCUGUGGCCAGGUUUUCUCCCACGAGAGCUUGUACCAUCACCACCAGUGUCCCAAGGAAAGCAAAUCACCUUUGGUCUUCUUUUGCUCCGAGACAAUGCCAAAAUCAUGCAACAUAUGCAAAUCCUUUUUCACUUCUGAGAAAACCUUGUUAAACCAUGUCACCAGAGUUCACACGUCAGUGGUCAAAACCAAAGUAUGCAUUAUUACCAGUCCAUCAGCACUGACAGAUAAAAAGGUUUCACCGUGUGUCUUUGGCACAGCAGUCCAGUCAGCCAUCAGUAGUCCAAAUGUAGUCAGCCAGGUCAGUAAUGGAAAGCUCUGUACUGGCCAAACUUAUGCAGGGUCGCUGUCCACCCUUGCGAAAUCUAGCCCUUCCUCUCUCUUGACCUCCUACUCCCACACAGCCAGACCUCCUGCCCCAGUAUGCAUGGCGUCCUUUGCUGCACCUGUCAGAUCAGGGAAAGACGGUGCUGUAGGUCAACCAGCCAUCCAUCCUCCAAGCCUUCUUUCUGCACCUUUAUCUGUUCCUCCUGGAGCCCCUGACAACAACACUGCAGCCUCUGAACCUGCCUCCCCACCAGCGCCCACUAUUAUGGCCAUGUUUGAGAAUGACAGCCACGAUGUGGCUUUGAUGAAACGAAUGAACACAGGCUGGCGCUCCAAGGUCCCUUACCCCUGCAGGCAAUGUGGUGCCAUCUUGCGGCAGCCCUCCUUAAUGAUCAGCCACCGCUACCUCCACCGAGGCCGCCGGUCACACCAGUGCCAGUGUGGCCGAGCUUUUAAGCACCGGCUGCACCUCCUGCGACAUUGUGUUCAGCAUGCAGAGGCCGUAAGCUACAUCUGCGUCAGCUGUGGGGAGACUUUCAUAGGAGCAAGGCUCUUAGCCGAGCACAUGAAGGGUAAAUCACAGAAAAAGUCCCGUCCUUCUGGGCGUACAUGGAGCUGUAAAGUUGAGUGCAAAAUGCCCUUUACAUGUGACUGUGGACAAUUAUUUUUUAGACCUUCUGCUUACAUAUGGCACCAACUUCAAAACUGGACAAGAACUAAACAGUCGAGGAAACGCCUAAAAUGAUAAACCAUCAACAUUUGUCUGGAUUAUCCAUAGUACUCUUCUCAAACUUUGUGCACCACGCUUUAAAAUAAAGUGUUAAAUCAAAA